CUCAGUGGUGAUAAAUCACAGCAGGAAUUGUUCAAAAUCUACCCUGUGCUACCGUUCAAUACCCAAAAUUCGGCCACUGAAUUCCGAAAAAUAAUCAAGUUUGUGAUCAAGAUCCGUUGGACAUUAAUCAUUCGAGUUGGUAUGAACCGUGUCGUUAUGAUGAAUAUGGUGGUGCCACUGGGGGUAAUGCUGAUGAUAUUUUUACCCAUGUCCACGAGCGCUCUCACCACUUUCGGCAAGACAACUUCACAGAAUCAAACUCCUCCACCUCCUAUUCCGGCUGACUACCUAAUACAGAAUAACUCGGCUUUUGGUCGUUUAACUAGCAUGGGACGAAGUGGUGGGAGACCUGGCAUGAAGACGGGAUACUUAGGACAUAGCUUUGGAGUGGCUAAAUCCUGCAAGAUUGAGUCAGAUUGUAGUGGGAUCGGGAAUACGAGUUGUGUAUCCGAUCCGAAGGAUGGAAAGACCAAGUGCCUCUGCAGUGAUCUCACAGCGCCUUACAAUGGCGCAUGUCUCCACAAGCCUGUCCACUCUCCGUGCAAGAACGAUCAAGAAUGCGGUCCGGGUGCCCACUGCGCGCAAGGGAAUAGCACGACGCAUGGGAAGACGUGUCAAUGCCAAUAUGGGUACUACGAGGAGAACAUGAGAUGCAACGGAACCCUGUCAUCGCUGCAAAGUUCCUCAGUCCUAGUCCUCCUAUUCAGCCUCAUACUCCUAAGGAACCUUAGUUCUUCAUAAUUCUACGAAAAUUAGUAAUGAAUAAGAACCAUCAUCAGUAGCGAACUGACGAAACGAGAUGAGUCAGCCCAAAAAAUCGUGAGAUCCAAAGAAAAUACCGAAUUUCAACGGGAAAAUUCUGCUGUUUUCCUUGGAUCCGGGCACAUUAAUCGAAAACAGAACAGUUGAGUCGACUCAUCCCGUUUCCCCUCUUCGCAACUGAUUCUUAACGCUCUGAGAAUCAACCGCUGCGCAGAAGACUGCGGCAUGAUGCAAAGAGAACCGAGAGUACAAUUGAAUCUACAUUUGAAAUUCUAUGGAUUAUCAAUCAAUAAUUUCAUCGAUCUACUCAUGCGGAGCUCCUUUAUUUCCAAUGCUUGAGCUUAGCAUAAAUUAUUCAACUUCAUUUGGAAGAUCUGGAGAGUUUGUGUGACAUUUAAGUCGUAUUGCUUUCUUUCCUUGAAUUAUCGAUAUCAAUUUUGCAUCUACAUUCAUUCAUAAAAGAUGUUUCAUAUUUUACGUAUCGAAGUUCUUAGAGCUGUGGAAUUUUGUAAUAUUUGUAUAUUAUUAUACAUAUAGCUUAAGUCACAUUUUCAGCGUUUUCGAGUAAGAAGGAUAUUCUGUGCACCAAUAAAACUCAAUAAAACUCAUUAAA